AUGGGGAAACUCCUCUAUUCUCUAGCCAUUCUCUUUUUCUCCUCAGUAGCCCUUGGGUUUACCCCCAACUGCAAUAUCCCAGAACAAGGCUCAACCCUCCAAGUCAUUCAUGUCAACAGCCCCUGCUCCCCAUUCAGGUCAAAAACCCAACUCUCAUGGGAAGACAGUGUUUUACAAAUGCAGUCUGAGGACAGAGAGAGGUUAAUUUACUUAUCUAGCCUUGUCGCCGGCAGGUCUGUUGCCCCUGUAGCCUCCGGCAGACAGGUUACACAGAACCCUACUUACAUUUUGAGGGUUAAAAUCGGAACUCCACCUCAAAUCCUUCUAAUGGCUAUGGAUACUAGCAGUGAUGCUGCUUGGGUUCCAUGCAGCGGCUGUGCUGGCUGCGCCACUACCGCUUUUUAUACGGCAAAGUCUACGUCGUUUAAGAACCUGAGUUGCGGUGCUGUACAAUGCAAGCAGGUACCUAACCCGAGUUGUGAAGGCACUACAUGUGGCUUUAACCUAACCUACGGCAGUUCCUCGAUCGCAGCCGGCUUGGUCCAGGACACCAUCAGACUUGCCGCCGACCCCGUCCCCGGCUACACCUUCGGCUGCAUUCGGAAAGCCACCGGCAACUCCAUACCGGCACAGGGACUUUUGGGCCUGGGCCGAGGCCCAUUGUCAUUAUUGUCACAAACCCAAUACCUCUAUAAGUCCACAUUUUCUUACUGCUUGCCUAGCUACAAAUCUCCAAACUUUAGUGGGUCACUCAGGCUGGGGCCCAAUAGCCAGCCCUUUAGACUCAAAUAUACCCAAUUGCUUGAGAACCCAAGAAGAUCAUCCCUCUAUUAUGUGAACCUCGUGGGGAUUAAGGUUGGAAGGGGAUUAGUCAAGAUCCCUCCUACUGCAUUUGCUCAUGAUCCAAACACUGGUUCAGGGACAGUCAUUGAUUCUGGAACCGUGUUCACCCGUCUAGUUGAACCGGCCUACAUCGCUGUGCGAGACGCAUUCCGACGUCGAAUGGGCAAGGCAAUCGUGUCGUCCCUCGGCGGUUUCGACACGUGCUACACAGUUCCGAUCACCGUGCCUACCAUAACAUUCAUGUUCUCGGGCUUGAACAUGACAUUGCCACAAGACAACUUCCUUAUUCGCAGCGCUGUCGGCACCACCUCUUGUCUAGCCAUGGCCGCCGCACCCGUUAACGUCAACUCUGUUCUCAAUGUGAUUGCCAAUUUUCAACAGCAGAACCACAGAAUCCUAAUUGACGUACCAAAUUCCAAGCUUGGUGUGGCACGUGAAACCUGUACUUGA